ACCGCGGCAGAGGCCCGCGCCGUCGCCGUGCCGCGGGUGGUGCGCCCGCGGCUGCGGCUGGCCCGCGCCGACCCCGUCCUGAAGGGCGCGAGCGUGCGGGAGUGGCUCGGCGCCGAGUGCGACGGCUUCUGGGGCAUGCAGGCGGUGAGGCCGCCGACGUGGGGAGACAUCCAGGGCGCCGUGGACGGCAUCUACGACGCGCGCGCGUUCGGAGAGGAGCGCAGCGUGUCGGUGGACGUCCCGGUUGGGGCGGGCCGAGAGGACUUCGACGGGGUGUCCCUGGCUGCCGCCCUCCGAGCCUCCGCGGCCCGGCUGGUCGAGCCCCUCGCCGGCCGUGGCCUCCCCGCCGGUUUCGCCGAGCAGGUGCGGGAGGACGCGGAGGACAUCGGCGUGGCCGUCGCGAGCCUGCUCCCUGCCGCAGACAGGCUGAGCCUCAAGCUGGAGCUCAUGAGCCAUGCCUGCCUGCGGUGGCACCAGGACAACUACGUCGCGCGGGCCAUCGUGUCGUACAACUGCUGCGGCACCGAGUACAUCCACCACGACCACGACUUCUGGGAGCUCAACAACUGCGGCAACAACGACUGCGUUGUCCGCGACCGCGCUCAGGUGCUCCAGGCGGGCGUCGGUGACAUGUGCGGUUGCGCCGCCGCGCACGACCCGCCGAAGCGCCAGCGAGGGGCAGCUGCGCUGCACCGAGGCGCAUUCGAUCCUCGACCUGGUAAUGCUGCGGUGCGUAGCUGUUCGGCAGUCCGGGAUGACAAGCUGUGCACCGUACCGCGUUGGAGAGCGGUCAGUGAGGGCGUCGUCUGGGAGAGCCUUGUGCGGCGCAAGGCGCUGCAGGACGUGCACGGCGCACGCCUGCCGCGGAGGCGCGGGGGCGGAUUCCUCGUCAAGGGGAAGCUGUUCCCGGGUGUGGCCACCGGCCUGGUGCACAGGUCGCCGGACCCGGUCUACCACGCGGACGGCGUGACGGCCAAGACGAGGCUCGUCCUGAAGGUCGACGUGUACGGCCCGCCCGACGCGUACGUCCUGCAGAUAGCGCGGUGAGCUCAUUGCCAGUGCGCUCGUGGGUCGGGCUGCGGGCGGGGGGGCGGCGGGGCAGGGUGUAUCGCUGCGUUCGCUCUCUAGUUGUGGAAGAAGGGGUGUGUUUUUUAUUUCACGCGCGGCCUCGCCGACAUGUGCGAAGACGAUGCUGGCAACCUCGAGCGCCGCUCCCACAUCUGCCGCGUGCCCUGUUGCUGGCACCGAGCAAGGGGUGAGUUUGGAACUGGGCCCGCUUGACCGGGAGCGCUACAGGCCUGCUGCUGUCGCUGCCCCCAGCUUCCGCAGCCUCCUCCUCCUCGUCCUACUCCUCCUGACCCUCCUCCUCCUCCGUGGACGACGGCGGGGCGGCGGGAGCAGACCCGCUCGCCCUGGCUCGAAGAAGAAUGAACGCCAUAUACAUAGAUUGUUUGCGCUCCGCGCGGUUUUCUUGGAGCCGCGCCGGGCGCCCCCCUGGCGGCGCCUCCGGCGCAGCCCUUGGCGCGCUCCGCGCGCCAGGGAGGGGGGUCGGGCGCGGAUCCGAGAACUCCGCGCGGAGCGCCCAAAGUGUAUGUUUAUAUGACGUUUUGUCUUCUUCUACUGGCACCAUGUGGAGCCUCCUGGCCGCCUGCCGCCAGUGGGCCUCGAGGCCUCCCGGCGCCGCCGCCGCUCUCGGCGGCAGCGCGCCGCGCCACGGGCCGAGCAGUCCCCGCGCCGCGGGCCCGGCGAGCGCGCGGGCCGAUCGAGCGGUUCAGGGCUGGUCGAGCCAGA